AUGCCUAAACCGACUUGUGUUCAAUGUAAUACAAAUGAUUCCCUACUAUGGAGAAGUGCUGAAAACGGUCAAAUAUGCAACGAAUGCCACUUAGCAAAUACCGCGAAUAGCGAAUCAAGUUUAGAUUCGGCUAUCAAAACUGAAAAUGAUGAAAAGAAAGAAGACAAAGACGAUUCUGAUAAUAAGAAUGGAAAAAAUGAAGGUGAGACCACUCCAGCCAAAGCAACGGGUAAAGGUACAAGGAAAAGCACUCGUUCUACAAGAUAUAAAGCUAAAGGACCAACAGUGAAUCAAUCUAAGCCACCGGCGCCCCGUGGUAGAGGUCGCAGAAGUAUAUUUAAAAGACAACCAUUAAAAGCCCCAACAGCAACGGCCACAGUUGUUGCGAGUGAAUCAGUAUUCUUCAAGGGUACAUACAUUCAAGUUGGCGAUAUAGUUUCAAUGAUAGACAUUGAUGGGGGCACAUACUAUGCACAGAUCCGAGGUUUUCUUACAGAUCAGUAUUGUGAGAAAAGUGCUGUCGUAACUUGGCUCUUACCAACACAAGCAAGCCCACCGCCGGACCAAAGUUUUGAUCCUGCUACAUAUAUUAUAGGUCCAGAGGAAGAUCUUCCUCGUAAGCUUGAAUAUAUGGAAUUUGUAAUGCAUGCACCUUCUGAUUAUUAUAAAUCAAAUACAAGCCCAUAUCCCCUUACAGACAGAGAGUUAAAUAAUCAUAGUGGCUUUAUAUGGACUUCCAUGGAAUCUAAGGAAAGAGGAUAA